GUGUUAAGAAGAGAGAGAUUUGAUUUGAGGCGCCGUCGUUUCACUCUCCACCAUCAUCUUCAGAAGAAAAACCCUAACAACAAGUUGCAAGGGAAGUGGAAUCAGAGCUGUGAAACCCUAACUGUUGUGAAACGCUAAUAAUGGGAGGAAAAUGUCCGCACCGGAACGUGAAGAAAAGAAGAUAUUCUCACAAGACAGCACGCCGAACCAAAUUUGAGUUGAAAGGCGACGAUAUGGUUUACGCGCAGCUAAACAAACCCGAUGAAGAGAUAACCCCUUUACCCGUAGACGAAGAUUUGCCUGGGAUGGGACAGUACUAUUGCCCUCACUGCGAUCGGUACUUUUCCAAUAUAACUGUGAGGGAUGAACACUUUAAGACCAAACGACACAAGAAGCGUGUAAAAAUAAUGAUGGGUCCUGCACCACAUACUCAACUUGAUGCCGAAUUAGCUGCAGGGAUGGGUAUGCCAGACAAUGGACCAAAGCUGAUGUCUAUGUAACUUCGUUUUCGGUAGUGGGUAGAAAGAUUGUAACACUACAAAAGCAAUAUUAAAUUUUGAAUGCUAUAUUUUUCUUAUUAAUUCCUUUGUUUUGUCUAAUAGAUGAAAUGUUGGAAAACAACACUUUAGAGAGUUUGAAUUGUAGUUACUGGUGAUUUUGGAUAA